GGACUGGGCGCGCGGUGCAGGCCGGGCCGCUGGAGGACUGGGCGCGCGGUGCAGGCCGGGCCGCUGGAGGACCGGUGGUGGCCGGGGCACGAUGGCGACGUCGCUGGGAGCCAACACGUACAACCGGCAGAACUGGGAGGACGCGGAUUUUCCGAUUCUGUGUCAAACAUGCCUCGGGGAGAAUCCGUACAUUCGCAUGACAAAAGAGAAAUACGGGAAAGAGUGCAAGAUCUGCUCCAGGCCCUUCACGGUGUUCCGCUGGUGCCCGGGAGCGCGGAUGCGUUUCAAGAAGACGGAGGUGUGCCAGACCUGCAGCAAGCUGAAGAACGUGUGUCAGACGUGCCUGCUGGACCUGGAGUAUGGUUUGCCUAUCCAGGUGCGCGAUGCAGGAAUCUCCCUCAAGGAUGAGAUGCCCAAAUCUGAUGUCAAUAAGGAGUAUUACACGCAGAACAUGGAGAGAGAGAUCCAGAACUCGGACGGGACGAGGCCGGUGGGAGCGCUGGGCAAGGCCACCAGCUCCAGUGACAUGUUGCUGAAACUGGCCCGGACCACCCCUUACUACAAACGCAACCGACCCCACAUCUGCUCGUUCUGGGUCAAGGGGGAGUGCAAGCGCGGCGAGGAGUGUCCAUACAGGCACGAGAAGCCGACGGACCCUGACGACCCUCUGGCUGACCAGAACAUCAAGGACCGCUACUACGGCAUCAACGACCCGGUAGCGGACAAGCUGCUGAAGCGAGCGGCCACCAUGCCCAGACUCGACCCCCCCGAGGACAAAACCAUCACCACCCUGUACGUGGGGGGGCUCGGCGAGCAGAUCUCCGAGACCGAGCUGAGGAACCACUUCUACCAGUUUGGGGAGAUCCGCUCCAUCACGGUGGUGCAGAGGCAGCAGUGCGCCUUCAUCCAGUUCGCCAUCAGGCAGUCGUCGGAGCUGGCCGCCGAAAAAUCCUUCAACAAGCUCAUCAUCAACGGACGCCGACUCAAUGUCAAGUGGGGCCGAUCCCAAGCGGCCAGAGGAAAGGACAAGGAGAAGGAUCCGAACAUUACAGAGUCCGGCAUGAAGUUGGAGCCCGUUCCCGGGCUACCUGGAGCGUUGCCGCCACCCCCGGUGUCGGUGGAGGAGGAAACGGCCACCAACUUCUUCAACCUGCCGCCCAGCGCCCCGCCCGCCGUGGUCAACAUAUCACUGCCCCCUCCCCCGGGACUGGCACCCCCGCCACCACCAGGUUUUGGACACGCCCUGUUCCACGGCAUGCCUCCACCGCCACCGCCCUUCCUCCGGGCUCCGGGUCCCAUCCACUAUCCCUCGCAGGACCCCCAGCGGAUGGGCGCCCACACGAACAAAGCCAACAGCGCCUAACUCCAGCCUGUCCUUCCUCUCCCCUCCCUCCACCCUCCCCUCCCCUCCCUCCCUCCAGCCCCCCUCAUGUCCCUGCCAGCCCCUGGUGCCGAGUGGCAGUGACAAACCAGAGAUUCCCACGGCCGACGAGAGGCGCGUUUGCA